GUUGCGUCUGAUUAUCAGAUUGUAUCAUCGCUUUGCAGUGACCGCACGUUUUGAGGUGUAUUUUUUUCCCGCCAUUUUGUAAACUGGUGUUUAAGUGACGAUAAAGACGUAAACAGGUUUUACAGACUAUAUUAAAAUAUACAAAUAAAAGUGCAUUUUGGGUGGUGAUAUGUUUUUAAAUUGAGGAUGGCCACAACGACAAUGGUGGUUUCGCCGUUAGCCACCCAAUCCCCGCCCAAAAACAAGAGACGCUUAUUUGCUGAGGCUCGUCAGAACAGUCUGCACAAACUGAGCGUAAUUUUUGACCAUGGAAAUAAGAGUGGCAAUGGUGGUGAGACAACGUGGUGUUUCAGUCAGGUCAAAGGUACGCUUGAAGAUGACGUGACAGAGGCGGAUCUGAUAUCCUGCGUUGAGUUCAACCACGAUGGUGAACUGCUGGCCACUGGUGAUAAGGGCGGGCGUGUUGUUAUAUUUCAGAGAGACCCAGCGUCAAAACAAUGUGUACCCAAAAAGGGGGAAUACAAUGUGUACUCGACGUUCCAAUCACAUGAACCGGAGUUCGAUUACCUCAAGUCGCUUGAGAUUGAGGAGAAAAUCAAUAAAAUUAGAUGGCUCAAACAGAAGAACCAAGCUCAUUUUCUACUUUCAACUAAUGAUAAGACUAUUAAACUAUGGAAGGUGUCAGAGCGUGACAAGCGCGUGACGGGCUACAACACGCGUGAGGAAGGUGGGCGGCCGCGGGACCCGUCACGCGUCACGCAACUGCGUGUGCCCACUGUCAGACCCGCUGAUCUCAUGGUCGAGGCCUCGCCACGACGGAUAUUUGCAAACGCGCACACGUACCACAUAAACUCUAUAUCGUUGAACUCUGACCAAGAAACGUACCUCUCGGCUGAUGACCUGCGAAUCAACCUCUGGCACCUGGAAAUCACCGAUCAAAGCUUCAAUAUUGUCGACAUCAAGCCGGCUAAUAUGGAGGAGCUCACAGAGGUGAUCACGGCCGCUGAGUUCCACCCGACUGAAUGCAAUCUCUUUGUAUAUUCUAGUAGUAAGGGUACCAUCCGCUUGUGCGAUAUGCGCGCGGCGGCGCUGUGUGAUAGACACGCGAAGCUCUUCGAGGAGCCAGAGGACCCUCAGGCAAGGUCCUUCUUCUCGGAGAUCAUCUCUUCCAUCAGCGAUGUCAAGCUCAGCAACUCUGGCAGAUACAUGAUGUCUAGAGAUUACUUAGGUUUAAAAGUUUGGGAUUUUAGAAUGGAAACUAAACCCGUAGAAACAUAUCCAGUGCAUGAAUACCUCCGAUCAAAAUUGUGCUCUUUGUAUGAGAAUGACUGUAUUUUCGAUAAGUUUGAAUGCUGCUGGAGUGGAGAUGAUCACCGGCUUAUGACCGGCUCUUAUAAUGGAUUCUUUAGAAUAUUCGAGCGUAGCGGCGGCGGCGGUCGUCGUAACGAGUUGACGCUCGAAGCGUCGCGUGAGGCCGCGGCUCGACCGAGACAGCCUUUGCGGGCGCGUCGAGUCGCCACCACCGCUAAGAGGAAGAAGGAUGAAAUCAGCGUAGACUGCCUCGACUUCAUCAAGAAGAUUCUGCACACGGCGUGGCAUCCUCACGAAAGCAUCAUAGCAGUUGCCGCCACCAACAAUCUCUUCAUCUUCCAGGAUAAGUACUAGCGCGUCACCGUUACCGAGGAUUCCGUUACCGAAGUUACUGUAACCGGGGACUUCGUUACCGUAUCUAUAGUUAUCGUUAGUAAAAGUACAGCUACCGUAACGGAGGCUAUCGUUACCGAUCGGACCGUAGCUAGAGUUAUGGUAACCAUGGCAACCGUUAACCAGGUUACCUUGGCUAGAGUUAUGGUAACCAUGGUAACCGUUAACCAGGUUACCUUGGCUAGAUUUAUGGUAACCAUGGCAACUGUUAACCAGGUUACCUUGGCUAGAGUUAUGGUAACCAUGGCAACUGUUAACCAGGUUACCUUGGCUAGAGUUACUGUGGAUAUAGUAAAGCUAACCGAGCACCCGGGCCUCACGUGAUGUAUAAUUUGUACUGAGUUUUAUAUACAUUUUACAGCUUAUAUAGGUUAUAACUAAACCCCGUUUUGUACGCUCAGGUUUGGGACAGUGAUGGGGCGAUAAUUAGAACCGAUAACUACGUUGAUUAACACACUAACAUAUCAAAAGAUCUGAUUCAUACAUAAAAUAUGCAGUUAUAUGGAUUUUUAAUAUAAAAGAAAUGAAAAAUUUAAUUAUAUUUCUUUUUGGAUUUUUUAUAAUAAAUUGACAAUAUUUUUUCUAAAUUGUAUAAAGUCAAAUUUAAAUAAUGUUUAAUUAUUGACAAAAGACAUUGUUUAUGUCAAAGAAACCUAUAUUAUAAAAAUAUGAGAAGACAUGAAUAAGGUCUUAUAGACUCAUUUAUGUGAAGCAAAAUCGCUAUUUUAACUUAACCCAACUGAGUAGAUUGGGGGUAUAACGGAGUCUAGUUAUAACUAAAUAUUAAUUUUUAAUCAACUUUUUUUGGGGAAGCGUAAAAAGAUCAUAUCAAGUUUUUUAAAUUAAAUCGGAGGCAGUGUCCUUGGUAGUAGGAAAUAACGUGUUAAAAUGUAUUUUUUUUUCUUAUUUGUAAACUGUAAAACUCAGUACACAAAUGCUAUAUAUAACCGCCAUAACCGCUUUGUUUCAAAUUUGCGUCCAAAGUGUAGUCCAUAUCUCGAGAUUGAACGAAUCUUGAGUUCGCACUCAAGUCGAGUAAUACUAUUUUUUUCCCAAUUUUGUUUUAAAUCAGUAGUUGAUAAUUUUAACUAAAUGUAAAAAUUUGUUAACUUAAACUAUUUAUCUUCUCUUGCAUCUUACAUAACUUUGUCUUAGAAUUAAAAAAAGCUAAUCUUUAUAUUUAUUUCUCAGAACACAUUACUAAUUUAGUUGUGUAUUUUAACUUUAUUUUAUAUUUUGAUUGUGAAAGUCGUACUUGAGUGUGUGCUUGAGAUAAGUUUCAGAUCUGAGAUCGCCCCGAACGCUUUAAAGAUAGAAUAAGUAGGAGAAUCGAAUAUAUUAUUGUUAGUAUUUGCUUUUUAAUCUUUGAGGUAGUUGUAUUGUUUAUGACAUUCUGAAUUUGAUGAAACCGCUAGUUUUUAGUAACCUUUAUACAGAACCGAAACCAAACAUAUAUAAAAAUGUCUGUAUUUGGCUACAGCAGAUAUUUAAGUCCCUAAUUUUAAUGGUAUGAAUUAUGUCACAAGUAACUGUCAAAAGCUUAUUAAUAACUAAAAUGUCAAAACAAGCGAUACAACUAUCUUGGAGGUUAUAUGAAACACGAACAAUUGUAACCAAACCGUUUUAUAUAAAACACCACCGGCUUUAAGUAAACCUCGGCUCGCCGCAGACACGUUACUUAAGUUUAAAAAGAAAUCCGAGAAAAACAGCGAACAAUUUCUCGUUUAUAGAAAGUGUCGUGUCUGUGGUUAGCUUUAGGCUAAAUUAGUGCAUUACGAAUAAGUAUUUUCACAAUCUGUUAUAAAUCGAAUGUAAAGUUGUAAUUAUCUGUUUUUAAAGCGUCAUUCAUGUUUUGCCAAAAAGUUUGAUACGAAAUAGUAUUCGGUUCAACAUUUUAUUUGCCAAUUCAAUAUUCUCAUAUUAGACUAUGACUGGGUAAAAAUAAAAUAGCACCACACUUGGAAUCCAUCUAUGCGAAAAUCCAUUGAAAUUGUACAUUGAGAAUAUGUCGAAUACGAAGCGCUUGUUAACUUAGAACUUAUUUAUUACAACCGAGAUUAGUAUCGAAAUAAGAAUCGGUAAAUUAAGUUAGCGUCAUAAUUUUAAGGUCUGUUUUUCCACGAAUGGUUUCACAUAGAUUGGUCCCUUUCUUUACGGAGAAAUGUGAAAGGGAUGGUAAUGGUGGCAGUUUGCGGACAGUCCUCUUUGGUCAAGUAAGUCUAGGACUUUUUUAAAGUAAGUCUAUUUUGGAAAUUUAAAACAAAAACAUUCCUUAAUUUAUAAUUGCUAUAACGAGCUAGAAAGAAUUUGAUUCAGUAAUUUUUGGAGUAGUAUGGACUGUCCAGGAAACGUUCAAAAUGGCUUGAUAAGGAUUUGUAUACGUAAUCAGUGAAACGGUGAACAGUCGGGCCCGUGCCUUACCGGUCGUAGUUGUUAACAUUCUUUAUUUAUUUUCUAUUUUUUUUUAUUAUUCGUUGUGAAAAUCGUGAGCUUGCGAUCGAAUGAAACCUGAAAAUUUCUUUAGAGGGUAUUUGUUAUGUUUGGAAUGUAACCGUUUAAAACAUUGUUGAAAUCACAAUCGUAUCAUGGGAUUAAUCGGGCAUAAUUACUUAUUAUUUUGUGAUUCUACAGCUUUGGAUAGUUAUUGUAAAUAAACGAACGAAUGUUGUGAAGGCCUGAUAAGAUAACGUCACAAUUGUAUUAUUGUAUUGUACAGUUAUUAUAUACGAUUUGUACUCGUGUUAAAAAAUUAUGUUCAUCGAUAUUCGUAAUGAAGUUUUUUUUUGUAAGCCUUUUUAUUGUAUAAUUUUAAGAACUUAGUCUGGUGUGUUAUUAUACGUUGAUUUUGUGGCCGUUGAAGCACUUGUAGUCUUGCGACGCUCAGUUUUGAAUCUCCCGCGUACGACACGUAUACCACUUGCGACGUUACGUUUGGGAGUUGUUUUUGAUCGUUUUUUGUUUUUUUUUUUUUUUUUAAUUAGGGGCCUCGGUCAAUUCCUCGCGCAUUGUAGUUACAUUAUGCUGUCCGCUACAUAUCGGCCGAUAGAUAGUGAUAUUUGUGUGAUAAUUAUCGUGAAAAAAAAAAAUUGAUUAUGCCUUCGCAGCUAAGUUUUUAUUGCUUCGAAAGCAAUUAAGGAAUUGACUUCGACCCCCGAUGUAAAAAUGGAAGUGUAGUAUAGCGGAAACAUCGUAUGUUUGCGAGAUGCGUGCUAGUUUAAGUCUAGAUUAGCUAGGUAAUAAUGCGAACAGUGAUUUAAAAAAAAAACAGUUUUCUUUCCUGCUCGAUGGAUCAACAGUCAUGUGAUAUGUGAUUUGUAUUGGCGUAUUGACGACAACGAAAGCGCGCGCCUGGUUUGAGAUGCAAGAUUCACACGGGAUUGACAUGACUUCAAUGUCACAUGCUUAGCCCUAAUCGAGCUCAAUGUGCCACAUACUAAUACACAUAAUGUGUGUGGUAACACAUACGACCAUCGUACAUAGGAUCAAAAUGCAAUUAUUUUAUUAGGGACGAGCGGUCUUCCCCAUUGACAAAGCAUGUUACUUAACCAAUUUCAAUGACAAUUGUAGUGUGGAUUCUGUCACAAAUAUAUUUUUAAGUGCCAUUAGUCGAAUAUCGGCGCAGGCGCGUGAUGGACGGACGUUGUUGAAUCCAAAAUAUUUCCUAUAAUAUAAAUUUUUAUAUCUGA